AUGGAGAAGAUGUCCCGUGUGACCACCGCCCUGAGUAGCAGUGCACUAACAGGCCAUACUAUGCACUGCCACCUGGACGCUCCAGCCAAUGCCAUCAGUGUGUGCCGCGAUGCUGCCCAAGUGGUUGUGGCAGGCCGUAGCAUCUUCAAGAUCUACGCCAUUGAGGAGGAGCAGUUUGUGGAGAAGCUGAACCUGCGUGUGGGUCGCAAGCCUUCGCUCAACCUGAGCUGUGCUGAUGUUGUCUGGCACCAGAUGGAUGAGAACCUGCUGGCCACAGCAGCCACCAAUGGGGUGGUAGUCACGUGGAACCUAGGCCGUCCAUCCCGUAACAAGCAGGACCAGCUGUUCACAGAGCAUAAGCGCACGGUGAAUAAAGUCUGCUUCCACCCCUCUGAGGCCCACGUGCUGCUCAGUGGCUCCCAGGAUGGCUUCAUGAAGUGCUUCGACCUCCGCAAGAAGGAUUCUGUUAGCACCUUCUCAGGCCAGUCUGAGAGCGUGCGGGACGUCCAGUUCAGCAUCCGGGACUACUUCACUUUCGCCUCCACCUUUGAGAAUGGCAACGUGCAGCUCUGGGACAUUCGGCGGCCUGACCGUUGUGAGAGGAUGUUCACAGCCCACAAUGGGCCUGUCUUCUGCUGUGACUGGCACCCCGAGGACAGGGGCUGGCUGGCCACAGGUGGGCGUGACAAGAUGGUGAAGGUCUGGGACAUGACCACUCAACGGGCCAAGGAGGUACACUGCGUGCAGACCAUUGCCUCAGUGGCCAGAGUUAAGUGGCGGCCCGAGUGCCGCCACCACCUGGCUACGUGCUCCAUGAUGGUGGACCACAACAUCUACGUGUGGGACGUGCGCAGGCCCUUUGUGCCAGCAGCCAUGUUUGAGGAGCACCGCGAUGUCACAACUGGCAUCGCCUGGCGCCAUCCGCAUGACCCCUCCUUCCUGCUCUCUGGCUCCAAGGACAGCACACUGUGCCAGCACCUGUUCCGUGACGCUAGCCAGCCUGUCGAGCGUGCCAAUCCUGAGGGCCUGUGCUAUGGUCUCUUUGGGGACCUGGCCUUUGCGGCUAAGGAGAGCCUAGUGGCCGCUGAGUCAGGGCGCAAGCCCUAUGCUGGUGACCGGCGCCACCCCAUUUUCUUCAAGCGCAAGCUGGACCCUGCGGAGCCCUUCGCAGGUCUCGCCUCCAGUGCCCUCAGCGUCUUUGAGAUGGAGCCUGGCAGUGGCAGCAUGAGCUGGUUUGUGGACACUGCUGAGCGAUACGCCCUGGCUGGCCGGCCACUGGCUGAGCUCUGUGACCACAAUUCCAAAGUGGCUCGGGAGCUUGGCCGAAACCAGGUGGCACAGACUUGGACCAUGCUACGGAUCAUCUACUGUAGCCCUGGCCUGGUGCCCACUACCAAUCUCAAUCACAGUGUGGGCAAGGGCAGUUCCUGUGGCCUGCCACUCAUGAACAGUUUCAACCUGAAGGAUAUGGCCCAAGGCCUGGGCAGUGAGACCCGGCUGGACCGAAGCAAAGGUGACACACGGAGCGACACGGUGCUGCUUGACUCUUCGGCUACACUCAUCACCAAUGAGGAUAACGAGGAGACGGAGGGUAGUGAUGUGCCUGCUGACUACCUGCUGGGCGAUGUAGAGGGCGAGGAAGACGAGUUAUACCUGCUGGAUCCAGAUCACGCCCACACUGAGGAGCCCGAGUACGUGCUGCCCCAGGAGGCCUUCCCGCUGCGCCAUGAGAUUGUGGACACGCCACCGGGCCCGGAGAACCUACAGGACAAGGCAGACUCGCCGCAUGUGAGCGGCAGCGAGGCAGAUGUGGCCUCCCUGGCGCCCAUGGACUCCUCCUUCUCUCUGGUCUCUGUUUCACACGCACUCUACGACAGCCGCCUGCCACCCGACUUCUUCAGCGCCCUGGUGUGCGACAUGCUACGCUUUUAUGCCGAGCAGGGCGAUGUGCAGAUGGCUGUGUCCGUACUCAUCGUGCUGGGGGAACGUGUGCGCAAGGACAUAGAUGAGCAGACGCAGGAGCACUGGUACGCGUCCUACAUCGACCUGCUGCAGCGCUUCUGCCUCUGGAACGUGUCCAACCAGGUGGUCAAGCUCAGCACCAGCCGCGCCAUCAGCUGCCUCAACCAGGCCUCCACCACCCUGCACGUCAACUGCAGCCACUGCAAGCGGCCCAUGAGCAGCCGGGGCUGGGUCUGCGACAGGUGCCACCGCUGCGCCAGCAUGUGCGCAGUCUGCCACCACGUGGUCAAGGGCUUGUUCGUGUGGUGCCAGGGCUGCAGCCACGGGGGCCACCUGCAGCACAUCAUGAAGUGGCUGGAGGGCAGCUCCCACUGUCCUGCUGGCUGCGGCCACCUGUGCGAGUACUCCUGA